CGCCGCCAAUCGCGCGCCGCCCUGUUGGCUGUGCCCGGCUCCCGCAGCACGGCCCAAGAUGGCGGCGCGCGCGCAGCGGGGCGGCCUGGCGGCGGCCCUCCUAGCCGGUGCCCUGAUCGCCAUCGGCCGCCCGCCGCUCGCCCUCGGGCAGGCGGCGGACGGCUCGGCGGCGGCCGCGCCGCAUCGGCGCUUUGAGUACAAGUACAGCUUCAAGGGGCCGCAUCUGGUGCAGGCGGACGGGACGGUGCCGUUCUGGGUGCACACGGGCAAUGCCAUACCAAGUGCAGAUCAGAUUCGUAUAACAACAUCUUUGAAAAGCCAAAGAGGAUCGGUGUGGACAAAAACCAAAUCAAUAUUUGAAUAUUGGGAAGUCGAAGUGACCUUUCGAGUUACAGGAAGAGGCCGCAUUGGAGCUGAUGGAUUGGCAAUCUGGUUUACAGAAGAGCAAGGCUUGGAAGGUCCUGUUUUCGGGGCAGCUGAUAAAUGGAACGGUGUUGGAAUUUUCUUUGAUUCCUUUGACAAUGAUGGAAAGAAAAACAAUCCCGGAGUGAUUGUUGUAGGCAACAAUGGAAAACUUCUGUAUGACCACCAGAAUGAUGGUUCCACGCAAGCAUUGGCAUCCUGUCAGAGGGACUUUCGUAACAAGCCCUAUCCCGUUCGAGUAAAGAUAACAUACUACCAAAAAACAUUGACUGUAUUAAUUAACAAUGGCUUCACUCCGGAUAAGGAAGACUAUGAAUUUUGUGCGAAAGUGGAAGAUAUGGUGUUGCCAUCACAAGGAUAUUUUGGAAUAUCUGCAGCAACAGGGGGACUUGCAGAUGAUCACGACGUCCUGUCUUUUCUGACCUUCCAGUUGACUGAGCCUGGGAAGGAAGUACCAACACCAGAUGCAGAAAUUCCUCAAAAAGAUAAAGAGAAGUAUCAAGAAGAGUUUGAACACUUUCAACAAGAAUUGGAUAAAAAGAAAGAAGAAUUUCAGAAGGAACAUCCUGAUGUGCAAGGACAGCCAGCGGAUGAUCUUUUUGAAACUGUAAGUGAUCGUGAACUGAGGCAAGUCUUCGAGGGGCAGAAUCGAAUUCAUCUUGAAAUCAAACAGCUUAAUAGGCAGUUGGACAUGAUUCUGGAUGAGCAGAGACGAUACGUCUCUGCAGUCACAGAUGAGAUUGCCAAAAGAGGCGCUGGUGUUCCGGGUCAACAAGGACAGGUUUCCCAGCAAGAGAUCGAGACGGUUGUGAAAAAUCAAGAAGAGGUCAUUAGACAAGUAAAUGAAAUAAGAAAUUCCAUGUCUGAUGCUCUGAGGUUGAUCACUGGAGCUCAACAUCCUGGCUCUGCUGCAGGAGUCUAUGAAACAACUCAGCACUUCAAUGACAUCAAAGAACACCUUCAUGUAGUAAAGAGGGACAUUGAGCAUUUAGUACAACGAAAUAUGCCAUCUGGUGAGAAAGUGAAGUGUCCAGAUUUGCCACCAUUUCCAUCGUGCUUAUCUACAGUGCACUUCUUCAUAUUUGUAGCAGUGCAAACAGUGUUAUUCAUUGGUUAUAUCAUGUAUAGGAGUCAGCAAGAAGCAGCAGCCAAAAAGUUCUUUUGAUGACCUGUUCCUUUUGUGCGUACAUAACAGCAGUAUGUAUGCACAGAAAAUGAUACACUUCUGUAAAUGAGGGAAAUUUUAGUGUUUGAUAUACUUCAAUAUUGUAAAUUAUUGAAUUUUGUUAAACAAAAUAAAUUCUCUUUAAACUGUUAAUGCUAAAGUUAAAAAAAACCCAAACCAAAACACACUGGGGAGCAGCAGAGCAAAUGCUAGACAGGGCAAGACUGCAGACCCUCUCUAGGUCUAUGUUUUCAGCCAACUUUCUCAUAAAUACCGGAAGGCAAAUGCCAUAUUCCUCUUCUUUUGUCGAGAUUCCAGAGGAUGGAAUUGGAACACCCAAGUUUGGUUGUCGUUCAUAGUGAGAAUUGCGGAUGGAUGAGUUGUGCAGAAAGCUUGCCACGAAGUAUCCUGACAUACCAGUUUAAAAAAAACAGAAGCAAACAAACAAAACAAUGAGAUAAACAAAAAAAAACUCCACGCAACUGCUCUUCUCUAUCUUUUUUUUUUUUUGGGUGGUAAAAAAUUUGUUAUAAACAUUUAUUUUCUUUACCACUUGGAUUUAAGGGUUUAAGAAUUAUGUAGUUAAUUCUAAAUCUUCAUGAAAUUUAAACACUUUUUAAUAGGUGGACACAAAGACAGGCCUUUAACAGUCUGACUGUUGAUACCUGAUAUAGAAGACAAACUAUACAGAACAAGGAAAUAAAAGUUUAUCUCCUGAUUUUGGGUUUUGGUUUUAGGCAGUCAGAGAAAACAUGAGAAAGUAGUUUCUUCAAAUAUACUGUGGGACUGAUUUCUUUUUUGUAGUUUCAAGUCUGUCUGUAAUUUUUUUUAGAAAGUUGUGCGACUUUUUCAGCAAAGGUAUCAUUGCUUUAUACCUCUUCAAAUCUGAUUUUCUUAAGCAUGUGUUUAGUGUAUGAAUAUGUCUUUACUUUUAUAAAGCUGUCUUGUGUCUUUCAUGUAUCAAAUACAGAUGCUUUGAUUUAAAUCUUGACAUGGCAAGUAUUCUAAACUACACAUACUGAGUAUUAAGUCAUUUCUUCACAAGCUGAUGCUUCAGACAUGUUUGUUAAUCCAACAGCUAUUGUAGAACCAGUUUUGUGUGUCAAUUCCUGCUUUAAUAUCAAAAGCAUAAGACGGAACAUGUGGUUUUGGUACUGCUUAUCAGGUGAACAUUUGCUUCAGGAAAGAAACAAAGCAGAUAGGAAUUAUUAGGAAUGUGAAAAGAAUUAAUUUUGUCUUGUUUACAUAUCUGUGGUAACUUUGUCCUUGAGUUGUUUGUGUGUAGAGUUAGAAUAGGGGGUUUGGUUUUUUUUUUUUAAAUUCUAUAAAAUACACAAAUGCAUCAGGAUAUUUCACUUUUUAAUUAUUCAUCUGUUUGUCUGAAUCUGCAAAAAUCAUUUGGAAUCUAACGUACAAAUACUGCAUUCCUACAACCUACUCCCUUGGAGUGUAACACAUGCUGCCAAAUUCGCUGUAAUGAAGAACACUUCAGUAUUGUGCCUGCCAGUUUGGAGAAAUAAUAAAUCUAUGCAAUAUAUUUUGUUACUUCAAAUACAGUGUCCAAAAAGUGGAUGUUUAUGCUAUACCAGUAAAACGAUACUACCUACACACCAAUUUACAUAGCUACAGUAUGUAAUAUACUGUAAGUGGUAUGGCUUUAUAGAUUAAUUUCUAAAUUUGAGAAGAUUUUGCUGUACUGUUUGGAGAAACUCCUGCCUUGAGCUAAUCUUGCUGCAUAAAUAGGGUAAAUCAACGAAGAAAACUUUUUGCAUAAACCAGCGUAACGCACAGGAGUUUGUCCAUUCAGUUCUUUCAACACCAGCAAAUAUUUACAGGUGCCUUGAGUCUAAGCUGUUACAACCCUGACUCUUCUAACUAAACUUAAUAUAUUUUCUUAAGUUGUUGUGAAAAUGUGCAGUCUUGUUCCUGCCAAUUGCAAGCCUUCCUGCGUCAGUGCAGCAGCCCAACAGAACUCCCUCCCUCUCAGCCGGCUUUGCAAGAGCCGGCACGCAGACAGGCCAGCAGUUGUGUUUUGGUAGGCAGGUGCAAAUGUCUGGCACGAUGAGGAACAGCUCUAAUGUGUCAAAUCGGAGGAAGCCUGUAUUUUUUUGUUACUGUGAAUUUAUCCAACCGUAGCUUUGUUUUAAAGCCGGAGCAGCCCACGCUUUUGUGUCUUUUGUUAGAAGAGGGACAGUGUCUAGGGGAAAACUUGAACCUAUAACUGCAUGGUCAGUAUGGGGCUCAGCUUGUGUUUGUGCUGCUGAUAGACCUGACCCAUCUCCCGCCCGCAGCCGGGAAACCGUUGUAUUAGGGAGCAGGAGGUCUAAAGCGUACCCUCCAAAAAGUGGUAACUUUGCUUCAUGCUUCAUUUCACAGUCGUCUCUCCUUGGAACUUCCAUAAUUGCCUCAUCCCUCACUGGAUCAAAGGAAAGCUCCCAGUUGUCCAGAUCAAAUUCUGUCCUGUCUGUUCUUGAAGUGAUAGCAGCAAAUUUGGACUUCAAGAAUAUUUGUCAUUCAGUGCAGCCUCCUGUUAUGGCUGACUACUAGAAGUUUCUUUGAACAUGCAACGGCGGGGGCCGGGGGGGGGGUGGACACGAGUCUAAUAAUUGUAAUGAAGUGUGGAUGAUAAGUAGCAAAUAUUUGGCAGUGACAAGAGAAUCUUGUUGUACUGGUCAGGGUAUAUUAAAUACACGGUCAUUCCUGAAUCUUUCAAAAUUCACAAUGUGGUUUGUAAAUUACCUAACUUCCUGUUUGAAGAAAAUUUGACAUUUUUCCAUGCAUCAAUUGCUGUAACGCCGAAGACUGUCUAUGAUUUUUUUAAAAUUCAAACAGCUGACAUUUGCAUAUGUUUGUUUCUGACUAAUGUAAAUUGAUACUUGGAGUUCAGAGAUAACCUUAUUUGAAUAAAGAUGCAUAUUUUUAGUAA